CAGCGCACGUACAUUCCUAUUGUCCAAGAUGGCGGCGUCGGCACGGAUCCUGUGAAGCCGACAUGUUUUUAAACGAGUUUGUCCUGUUUUCUUCGAUAAAUGAGCGAAUUCUCUGCGUCCACAGCGGCAGCGUUUCUUCACCGAAGCCGUCGUGUGUCGCGUUAUUCUCGCAAACACCGCUGAAAAUCGCUCCUCGGGACGGAUUCCCGCCGCUACUGCAGGUACCGAAAACUUUGAGCUCCAUCAUCCAGUGGAAAUGAAGCGGCAGGCCGGGAGGGAGACGAGCCCGUCCAGGGCCGCCUCCAAGCGGAUGCGGGAGCGGGAACGAGAGAGUGUGCGGAGAGAGGAGCUGCCGCCGCCGCCGCCGCUGGCUCUGCUGCUGGCGGAGAGCCGCGGCUACCACCGCCGCAGCCGCAGCCGAGAGCGAGAGAAGCCGCGGCUCAGGGAGGAGCGAGCGGCCGCCGCCUUGGAGCUCCACCACCGUCACGAGCUCAGCCUGCUCGGCCGUCCUCCGCUGCGGAGCACGGCGGCGACUGCCGCGGCCACGGCAGCAGCGGCGGUGGCGGAGCUGCCUGCAGCCAGGCCCGGAACUCUGGAGUACAAGACGCUGCUCAUCAGUAACCUGGGCUCGCAGGUGUCGGACGAGGACGUGGAGGACGCGCUGUUCCACGACUUCAAAAAGUUCGGGGACGUGAGCGUGAAACUGUCGCACACACCGGAGCUGGGCCGGAUCGCUUACGUGAAUUUUCGGCACCCAGAGGACGCGAAGGAGGCGCGGCACGCCAAGUCAUCCAGGUUGGUCCUGGGUGAGCGGCAGUUAAAAAUCGAACCCAUGUAUGUGAGGAGGCGGAGCGUGACCCCACCUGACGUGGGGUAUUUACCUCUGCACGCCCCGUACCCGUACAGACAGCGCUCCCUGUCCCCGCCCGCGCCUGGCGUGAGCAACAUCAGAGAGCUCAGGGCGAGACAUUACGCCCUGGAGACUCUGGGCCUGAGCAGGGAGAGGGAGAGGCUGCUGGAUUAUUAUGGGAUGCUGGACGAAAGGGGGCGGCCCUACGGUUUCCCUCCAAUGCCAGUGGUUGAGGAUUUAAAACCCGAGGACGAUCAGAGGGCGACCAGUAACCUCUUCAUUGGAAAUCUGGACGGUAACGUGACGGAGGCAGAACUGAGGAGGGGUUUUGACAAGUACGGCAUCAUCGAGGAUGUCGUGAUUAAACGUCCCGCCCGUGGUCAGGGCGGGGCGUAUGCUUUUGUGAAGUUUCAGAACUUGGACAUGGCCCACCGGGCCAAAGUGGCCAUGCAGGGGCGCCUCAUAGGUGGCAACCCGAUAAAAAUUGGAUACGGCAAAGCAAACCCCACCACUCGGCUCUGGGUGGGUGGGAUCGGGCCUGGAAAUUCCCUGGCUGCUCUCGUUCGGGAGUUUGACCGGUUUGGAAGUAUAAGGAAUAUCGACUACGUUAAAGGAGAUAGUUUUGCUUACGUUCAGUACGAAAGUCUGGACGCUGCACAAGCCGCCUGCUCCCAGAUGAGGGGUUUUCCUUUAGGCGGCGCUGACCGUCGUCUGAGGGUGGACUUCGCUAAGGUAGAGGAAAGCCCCUCCCGUCCGUUCCCCUCGGCCUACCAGCCGCCUGCUGCGCUGCCCUCCAGCUAUGACAUCCUCGGGGACGCCUACAGCCGCCACCGCAGCCUGGAGCGAGAGCUGAGGGCCACCAGGGACAGGGACCGCCCCUCGCCACCGCCGCCACACAGUCUCCUCUCACAGAGGGAGCGAGACAGAGCUGUGCUGGAGAGAGACUUUCCCACCAGCCCGAGUCGCAGCCUGGAAAGGAGAGCAGGGGGAGGGGUGGAGGCGUUUGGGAGGAGCGCGAGAGCGGCAAGGAGCCGCAGCAGGAGCAGGGAGCGCUGGCUGAAGGAGAGGGAGGAGAGGAGGAACAGAAGGCGGAGCCGGAGCCCAUCCGCUGACAAACAGGUGGAAGAGAGGGAAAAAGAGCGAGAGAGGGAGAAAGAGAGGGGGAGGUCCAGGGUUCGAGGUCAAGGUGGCGCUGUUUCUCCUGACGUGAGCCCAGACCGAGCACGGGUCAGAGCACCUGACUCCACCACAGAGCCGCGAGACCACUCCCCAGACAGCGCCGGACGACACGCUGCCAACGCCACAGAGGAAGAUCCACCGUCGGGCCGGCACCACAGCAAGCGGUCCUCCAACGCGCAUCUCACAAACCAUCACCAUAGAAACAGCGAGGUCAUCGCAGCCGGCUCUCCUGCCGCCCGCACGGACACGCACACCUCCUCGCCGCCGAGCACGCUGUCGGAGUUCGCCCUGUCCUCGCUCUCCAAAUCGUGGCACGGCUUCUUCGCUCUGAAGAACAGCAGCUUCCCCACAGACCUGUUCCUGCUGGAGGGCGGAGCCUCGUUUUUCAGUGCCGUGAUGAAGGACACGCUCAGACUGCAGAGCCAGAACCAGCCCAGCCAGCUGAAGAUCGCUCAGAGGCUCCGCAUGGACCAGACUCGGCUCGACGAGGUCUCGCGACGCAUCAAACUGGGCCGGCCCGACGGGUUCGCCAUCCUGCUAGCUCUCCAGGGCCCCGUGGACCGCCAGGCCCCGGCCCCUGAGCCAGGACUGCAGGUGCGCCUGCUGCGCCACCUGGUGACUUACCUGCGCAACAAGGAAGCGGCGGGAGUCGUGAGUCUGCCUGCUGCCAAAGAGGGCGGGCCUGGAGCCAUGCUGUACGCAUUCCCCCCCGGAGACUUCUCGCAGCAGUACCUACAGGCUGCCAAGAGGACUGUGGGUAAUCUUGACGAGGAACACAUGGUGAUUGUUAUCGUCUCUGACACUAACUGAGGACUUCAUUCAGUCCAUGUACACACACACACACACACAGGAACUUCCAUGUUUUUAAACUGUUUUA